AUGGAAUUUAAAUUAGAACCCAUUUCCCUUAAUACUACCGUAAAAAACAAUUAUAAUGAAUAUUUUGAUACCCUUUCUAAGAAUGUAGAUUUUGGAAAUUCCGAGGAAAUCGAUCAUUCGAAAUGUGUCAACACAUACGAAGCUCCGUAUACAAUUUUACUCAGCGAAUUCUUGGAGUUUACUAGGAAAUCAGCCAACCUUCCAGAGCCUGCCUUAGUCCCUUUUACGAGGAGAAAGGUAGUAAGUGUAGAUUACUUUCGUGAUUAUGAACACUAUGAACCGAAAAAUAGAGUUGAAAGAGGUUACACAAAUGAUAAAUUCGGGUCCUCAAACCAUAACAACUCAAGUUAUUCCAGUAAUAACUAUGAUAAUAGUCAAUACAAUACCCAGUACAAUAACCACAGUAAUGAAAACAAUUACUCGUUCUUUAACUUAGCAAACCAAACCACAUACAAUGUGUCUGAUUUGGACUUGAAAGAUCUUGUAUACACAGGAACUGAGUGGGAAGAAGAGUUCGAAUGGUCUUCCCUAGUGAGGCAAAUAAACGAAAAGAUUUUUAUGAAUAAAUCCUUUAGACAAAACCAACUCCCAGCAAUAAACUGCAUCUUGAGUAACAAUGACACAUUUGUUAUUAUUCCAACAGGAGGAGGUAAAUCGCUAUGUUUCCAGCUACCUGCAGUAUACGACACACUAACAGGGAGAGGAAGUACCACUAUAGUUGUAAUGCCCUUGUUAUCUUUGAUUGGUGAUCAAAUUAAGAGACUUAACAAACUGAACAUAAACUGUAGAGCUAUAUUCGGUGACUUGAAACUUUCUGAGAAAAUCUCAAUAUUUAACGACUUGACUAAAAUAGGACCUCAUAGCUGCACCGAUAUUGACACCUAUAUGUCCAUAAAUCAUAAAAAUACAGAUGACAUAAGUAUUCUUUUCAUCACACCUGAGUCUUUGAUGGGUUCUAAAUUAUUGCUGGAGAACUUAUUGAUAAUGCAUAGCAGAAAUAAAAUUUCCAGAUUCGUAAUCGACGAAGUACAUUGCGUGUCCCAAUGGGGAAAUGAUUUUCGCCCACAUUAUGGCCAACUUGGAAUGAUAAGGAAGAAUUUUCCAGAUGUUCCCAUCUUGGCACUAACUGCAACUGCAACAGAAUACGUGACGAAGGAUGUGAUAACUAAGCUGAUGCUGAGGGAUGUUGUGAUUUUCAAGUCUGACUUUAAUAGGAAGAACCUGGAGUAUGUGGUAGUUGAAAAGUCUAAGCACUUCAAAGUUGCAAUUAACCAGCUGGUUAAGUUAAUCCAACAAUUCGAAGACAGUUGCGGAAUAGUGUACUGCCUCAGCUGCGGUGAGGCCGAGAGAGUAAGUGCUGAAUUAUCUAGAGUCAUUACUUGCUUCCACUACCACGCACAACUCAGCACCAUCGUUAGAACCAACGUGUACAAUGACUGGAUCAAUGACAGGAUAAAGGUUAUUGUGGCCACCAUUGCCUUUGGGAUGGGAAUUGACAAGAAAGACGUUCGUUUCGUGGUCCACUUUUCAGUUUCGAAGUCAAUUGAGAAUUAUUUUCAGGAGUCUGGGAGGGCAGGGAGGGAUCAGAAGAAAAGCACAUGCAUUCUCAUGUAUAAUUAUCAUGAUAUUCAAAGACAUAUUUUACUCAAUAGCCCAUUGCACGUCCAGCCAAGCAAGUUUACCCCAACCACAACCAACGAAUUUGACAAUAAAAUUGAUAAGAUUCUCGUGAUGAUGGACUACUGCGAGGAAAAGUUUUUGUGUAGGCGAUUUAUGCUCUUGGGUUACUUUGGACAAAAAUUCACCAGUAAAUGCUUACUGCCCUGUGAUAACUGCAAAGCUCUUUAUUACAACAACUCUGAUUCUCCUAUAAACCCUACUUCUGAAGAUAAAGGCUACACGGUUAAGAACUGCAUCAGUCAUGCUGAGUACAUUUGUAGGAAUAUGACAUCCAUGAAUCACCUUACUUUAAUAACCUUACACAAACUUCUCAUGAAUAACACCAAAACUGAAACUAAGUCUAACUUUUUACUCAAUGGUUACCUUCAUAAGAAUGGUUUUGACUCUCACUCUUCCAUGAUACUCUUGAAAAAGAUGAUGAUCCACAAGUUACUAAAGGAGCGAAUUGUUAAGCUUCAGGGUCUUACUUAUCCCAUAUUCUACAUUCAGCCUGGCCCAAACUACCGAGAUAACUUGAAAUUCAUGUCUACUAUUUACAUUCCGACCAAGAAGGACACUACAAAUAGGAAAAAGCGUCCUAGCGCUCCCAGGCCUAAGAAGGAGCCCAAGGAUAAAGCUCCAAAAACACUUGGUCCUAAAGUUGAAAAGAAGAGACCCAAGAAGGAAUCGCCAAAGGAGGGUGACGAUACUCCUACCAAGCCUAGAAAAAGCAGUGGUGGCACUCCUAGAAAACCUCGAAAAAAGAGUGAAGAUACUCCUACUAAGCCUAAAAAAUCCAGUGGUGACACUCCUCGGAAACCUAGAAAAAAGAGCAGUGAUACUCCUCCUAAACCCAGAAGAAAAAGCAAUAGCAGUCCUCGCAAACCUAAACUAAACAGUGAUGACUCUCCCAGUGAGCCUAAGAGAAAGAGACUAAAGUUACAAAAACCCAGUUCACCAAUCUUGUAA